CUGCGUGAUUUGUGACUGACGGAAAUGUUGGUCUUGUCUUUGGAUUCGUCGGUGGAUUUUCGCCUUAACCGCUUUAUUUCGACACAGACAGUUCAGCUAACAAACAGGUGAUUACCAUGCUGCCUGUAUUGGUGGUCCAUGGAGGGGCUGGAGAUAUUCCGAAGGAGCGGGUUGAGAUGGCAACUUUAGGUGUUUGUUCAGCAGUCCGGAGGGGUUACAUGAUUCUCCAAGCGGGGGGUAGUGCCAUGGAUGCAGUGGUGGAGGCUGUGACGACCAUGGAGAACAACCCCUCCUUCAAUGCAGGUUGUGGGUCAGUGCUGAAUGUAAAAGGAGAUGUGGAGAUGGAUGCCAUGGUGAUGGAUGGAAAAACGCUAGCCAGUGGUGCCGUGUCUGCUGUACGCAACAUAGAAAACCCAAUCCAGCUGGCAAGACUAGUUAUGGACAAGACCGAUCACGUGUGUUUGACAGCAGAAGGUGCCAGUCAGUUUGCCCGAGCCAUUGGUGUUCAUGAAGUGUUGCAAGACUCUCUCAUCACUGAGUACUCUUGCAUGCGGUGGAUAAAGAACCUGGCACCCAACGCCAACCCUGUGGAGUGCCAAAUGGGGACGAUGGACACGGUUGGAGCAGUGGCAGUGGAUGCUGAGGGCAACAUAGCCUGUGCCACCUCAACUGGUGGGAUGCUGAACAAGAUGGAGGGACGGGUGGGUGACACACCCUGCAUCGGUAGUGGGGGUUAUGCUGACAACCAGGUGGGAGCAGUGUCGACUACCGGCCACGGAGAAGCCAUUGCGAAGGUCACUCUCGCCAGACUCAUCUUGUUCUACAUGGAGCAAGGUCAAUCAGUGGAGGCAGCCAGUGAUUUGGGACUGGCCAAAAUGAAGUCCAGAGUUGGGAGCGUGGGCGGUGUGGUGACGGUUGAUUCUCAGGGCCAGUGGGCUGCUCGCUGUUCCAGCAAGCAUAUGUCCUGGGCUGCAGCCCAGAAGGAAACAUUGCACUAUGGUGUGCACGCUGGGGAGCAUUUUACUCAGAAUAUAAAUGACCCAAACUGAGAUAAAAU